AUGCUCACCCCCUCGUCGGGCCACUGCUUGCAGAAGGUCGCAUACGUCCUCCGCUCCAUGUACGGCUUCUGCACCAAGAUGAGCGACCUGAGCGGUGGGAACCCCCGCUCGCGCAGGAGGGCGUGCGUGAAGCGGACGUUCUCACCCGUGUUGGUCGAGGCCGGCUCGACGAGGAUGGCUGACUCCGGGACGCCGCGCUGGCGGGCGAGGCGGGCGAAGAUGACCGCCUCCGGUUCGUCGAAACGGCUGGCCGUGAGGGCGCCGGAGCCACCAGAGAUGAUGAGCAGGGGGGCGAGGCCGGCAAGGAAGAGAUCCGCGGCGCGGAUGGCGACGCGGGUGUCGAGGCUGCAGAGGCAGAAGAUGGCGUCGGCGGCCGUGGGGGUGUGGGAGAGGCGGUGGUAG